AUGCGGUGGCUUCUAUCCCUAUUGCUCUUAGGCCUCUGGGGAGCUGUUGUCCAUGCGCUCAGUAGCUCCGGAAAUCGACUGCUCGCCAUUCUAGAAAAUAGUGCGGAAAAGGAUUUGUUCUCGUCGUUCUGGGAGGAUUUGAAAGGUCGCGGAUAUUCGAUAACAUUUAAGUCGCCCAAGGACGGGAACCUUUCGCUUUUCAAACAUGGAGAGAGAGCUUAUGACCAUCUUAUCAUCUUCUCUCCAAAAUCAAAAGGACUCGGUCCCGCAUUAACGCCCAAAGUUCUCCUCAACUUCAUUAACAAGGAAGGAAACAUUCUCCUCGCGCUCUCCGGUGGCUCAGUCGUCCCCAGUGCACUCAACUCCCUCCUGCUCGAGCUCGAAAUCACCCUCUCCCCUGACCGCAAUGCCCUUGUUGUCGACCACUUCAACUAUGACACCCUCUCCUCACCCAAGCAACAUGACGUCCUUCUCCUCCCACGACCGCAGCCACUCCGUCCAGAUCUUAAAUCCUUCUUCUCCGGCGAAGGAGUCGUCGCCUUUCCCAAGGCUGCUGGCCAGACCUUGGGAACUGCAAGCCCUCUACUUGUCCCCAUCCUUCGAGCUCCGGCGACGGCAUAUAGCUACGAUACGAAAGAACAGGCGCAAACGGUUGAGGAUUCAUUUGCAUUUGGGUCGCAGAUUUCGUUGGUUUCAGCAAUGCAAGCCAGAAACUCGGCUCGGUUGACGGUGUUGGGGUCCGUGGAGAGUCUUGAGGACAAGUGGUUCUCUGCGAGCGUUAAGGGUUUGAAGGAUAGGAAGGAGACGCGGACAGUCAACAGGCAGUUUGCGGAGCAAAUUAGUGCCUGGACAUUCAAGGAGACUGGUGUGGUUAAAGUUGGUAAAGUCCAGCAUUACUUGAGAACUGAUGCUGUUGGCGAGUUGGCUCCUUCGGAUAUUUCUGGGGAACUCAACCCUUCCAUAUACCGGAUAAAGAAUGAUGUGACAUAUAACAUUGAGCUCUCCGAAUACGACCACGACCACUACAUCCCCUUCGAAACCCCAGACAACGACGCCGUCCAACUCGAAUUCACUAUGCUCUCACCAUUCCACCGCCUCAAUCUCACACCCAUCGCGAAAAACGCAAACAGCACCAUAUACAGCACCUCAUUCACCCUGCCUGACCAGCAUGGUAUCUUUACUUUCCGCGUUAACUACAAACGGCCUUUUCUCACCAACGUCGAUGUGAAGGAGGAAGUCACUGUUCGACAUUUUGCUCAUGAUGAGUGGCCACGGAGCUGGAGGAUUACAGGAGGAUGGGUUUGGAUUGCUGGUUUGUGGUCAGUCAUUGGUGGCUUUUUGGCCUUCGUUGCUGUAUGGUUGUACUCAGCACCUCCAAAAUCAGAGGAAAGAAGGUCUAAGAAGGCGCAAUAA